AGUAAGAAAAUGGCAUUCUCAUUAUUCGCGAUACUUGAAUGAGUAGUACUCAUUUUUAAUGCAUUUGCCGUGCUUAAUCCAGACAGAUUCCUUAGGAAGUUCGGUCUUACAAUGGAUGACUUCAAUAAAAAUACCUCAGCAGGAGGAUACCAGAAUCCUGGCUAUGAGAUGAACCAGAAUUAUGGAAACCAGGCACCUCAAAGCGCACUUGCGUUUAAAAGUCAGGCUACGUUGUUCCUCUAUGCAUGCCGGAAUUACGGAAAAUGGCCUCUUAUUGGAGUAAACUUGUUCAUUAUUGCAAUUGAACUAUUGAUGGGAUAAACUAACCGAGAGU